GCAGCUCAAAUGCUCCCCGGCAGGAAGCAGGAAAUAUAGAUGUUUGGGUGCAGCAGGGAGCCUGCCGGAGCACCCCUCAGGUGGGAGUGCUGCCGGGGCAGCAUGUGGAGCCCCAGGCUCAUUACCUUGCUCUCUGCCCUGGCUCUCGCUGGAGGAUCUGCCGGCAAUGACACUGGAAAUGAUGGAUCAGGAGACGGAUUGACGAUCAUACCCACUUUUACAGCAACACAACUUCCUGCUUUGGGUCCUUCAACUGUGGAUGACCAUGAGCCAGUACUUGUAACUGCAAGCAUUACUGAAAGCAGCUUUGAAACACAGAGUUCUCCAAAUACCGAACUGAAUACUGAGAAUGAUGAGGACAGCCUAGAAGCGGAACAAUCUAUCUUGAUAUAUGUUGUCCCUGUGGCACUGCUGGUCCUGCUGAUUUUGUUGAUCACUUUUUUUGUAAUGCAUCAUAAAAGGAAAAAGUCCAAGCAAGAUGAGCUGGGAAGUGAAAAUGUAAAAAGCCCUAUUUUUGAAGAAGACACACCCUCUGUUAUGGAGAUAGAAAUGGAAGAGCUUGAUAAAUGGAUGAACAGCAUGAACAAAAAUGGUGACUGUGAAUGUUUGCCUACUGUAAGAGAAGAAGAAAAAGAAUCAAUCACCAACCCAAGUGAUGGUGAAUCAUGAAGUCCUCAGGACAGCAAAGAACUGGCUAAAGGGAUGCAGCACACAAACGAAUCAUCUCCCAGAUAUUGGAAGAAUUGCGUUUAAAUAUAAUUCAUCUCAAAAGACCAGAGAAGCAAAUGCUUUUGUUGUGUCCUGAUUCAUAAGGUCUUCAGAAAGGAAACAUCACCAAGGGAAAAGAAGAAAAGAAAAAAGAAAAUAAAAAAGAAAAUAAAAAGAGAAAAGCACUGUAGCAAGAUUAAGGACUGCUUUAAAUUCUUUUUGCAAUGGGAUUCAUCACAAAUCAAGAGAAACUUCUAUUUUACCCCUUCCAAAAUUUCUCAAAGUAGCCUAUGUUUCCAUCUAGUUCUGCAGUUGUGUAUUGGGCAGCACUUAAAACAAAUUCUUUUCCAGAUUUUGUGGGUUACUUUGUUUUGGUUGGUUUUGUGGUUGUUUGUUUCAGUAUCCAUAAUUCUGGACUGCCCUGGUUUGGUGGAUAUGAAGCUCAUGCCUAUGCAGUAUUUAUUUCUCAAUUUGCUUUUUCUAAUCUGUGCACUGAUUUGCACAGGACUGCUGUUGAGGAGGUACCAGGCUAGGACUGACAGACCAGCUCUGAGGACAGACAGGAGAUGAAAAACCUCUCAAAGAAAUAGCCAGAAGUAACUGCAGCCCACCGAGGGCAUGGACUCUGUAGAGUGCCUUUGGUUUUCAGAUAAAAGGCACUGUAGAAGUGAAAAGUAUUAUUUUGAGACUGCCUUUCAGUUUGUUAUCACCACAGAUGAAUGCCCCGGGCUAGGUCUCCCUCCCCAUGUAACUCUUCUCCCUGCCCAGGGCUGUUCUCUAAUCACCUACUUCAGGAAUAUCCAACUUAAAAAGCAUUUUUUUUUUUUUUUAAAUGAGUGAGAUCGAAAAA